AUGUCAGAAACUAUUUGGUCAAGUGGUAACACUUCUCCUAUUCAAGCUCAUGGUGUACCAUCUCAAUAUAAAUCUGUAUUAGAUUCAGUUGAUCCAGACGUGGCUAAAUUCUUAUCUGCCACCGCAUCUUCCAACACCAAUACCAAUGAUAGAAGAUUCUCCUUCAAUGAUGGUAGUGAUAUUGAUAAUUCAAAUAUCUUUGGCUUGAAAAAGGGUACUUUUUCAGCUAUAACUGCUCCCCCUGGUGUUGGUGGCGGUGGUACUACCAAUCAUAUCUCAACUGGAGUGGUUGUCAACCAUACUAAUGGGGUAUCUACCAAUAACAACAAUGGUACCAAUAAUCAACGUUUGAAUUUCGGUACUGCUUCCAUUAGUGGUGGUAUUGCAAGUAGACAUCCUCAUCCUCAAGAUAGUUUUUUACAAAAAUUUUCUUCAGUUGCUGAUGCUACAAGAGAAAUUGAAUUAUCUAAUGGAUUAAAAAGUUUAAAUCUUGAUUCAAAUUCAAGAAGAACAAGUUUUAAUACUACUAAUGAUAAUUCUUCUCCUGCUACUAAUAAUGGGAAUAAUGGUACCGCCAAUUCCAUUGUUUUAACUUCUCCUCAUGGUUCAUUAAAUGAACCAUUAAAUAUGUCAAGAAAUUCAAGACAUCAAUCGAUUAGUGAUAAAAUCGAUCAAUAUAAUAACACUUCUCCUAUUCAAGGUAGUGCUGCUUUAUCAGUUAAUUCCGAUUUAAAUUCAAAUGUCACUGAUAUUAAUAAUAAUGCCAAUCCAAGUUCAAAUAUUAAUAAUAAUGGUGUUGCUAGUGGUGCAUCUGCAAAUCAUCAUCAUCAUCAAAAUGCCAAUUUGAAUCAUAUGCCUCAUAAUUUUUGGAAUCCAGCUACGGCAGCUCCAUUCACUCCAAGUGCUUCUUAUCAAUAUUUCAUGGAAGGUAUUCCAGAAGGUAUGCAGCCACCUCCACCUCCACCAUCUCAACAACAGCAACAACAAUUCAAUCCUUAUAAUGGUAGAAUGAGUAAUGUUAUGGGUGGUGCUGGUCAAAGUGCCGGUGGUGCUCCAAAUAAUGGUGGUGCUGGUGGUAUCCCACCUAUUACUCCUCCUCCAUUCAUGCUUUCUUCUCCACCUCCUCAAUUUAUGGAUCCUGCUUUAUUCAAUUUAAUGAAUUAUAAUAAUAAUGCUACCCUUGCUGCUGCCGCCGCCGCUGCUGCUGCAGCUGCUGGUGGUGUUUCCCAUGACAAAUCUGGUUCUGAAAUUGGUGAUAGUGAUUUAGAAAAGAGUGGUAAUGGAACCUCAGAUGAUUCUAAAAAAGAUUCAAAUUCAAAAGCUAAUAUCGGAGCUCCAGGUAUUGGAUUAAUGAAUAGACAAAUCCCACCUGCCUCAUUCAUGUUUCAUCCUUUCAAUCCUUAUUCAAUGUAUAAUCAAUCUCCUCCACCUAUUGGUAUCCCUCCAUUAUCACCAAAUCCAAUCGAUGGUAAUGUAGUGACCGCACCUCAAGGCUAUGGUGAUCAACCUCAAUCCCAAUCAUCACAACAACAAGGUCAUCAUGGUGGUCAUCACCAUCCUCAUCCACACCAUCAUCUCCAUCAAGAUUUUGUCCCACCACCUAGUUCUACAUCCACCACUAGUUCAUCUUCUCAUCAACAAUCUCCUGCUGCUAAGACCCCACCGAAUGGUGGUAAUGGUAAGAGAAAGAAUGGUGGUGCUAAGAACAAUAAUGGUAAUGGAUCCACUAAUGGUUCUGCUCCUUCCAAUGGUAAGAAUGGUAAUAAUAAUAAUACUAAUAAUAAUGCUGGUGGUAAUCAUAUUUAUAGAUCACCAUUAUUAGAAGAAGUUCGUUCCAACACUAAAGGGAAAGAGUAUUAUUUGAAGGAUAUUUAUGGUCAUGCGAUUGAAUUUACAAAGGAUCAACAUGGAUCCAGAUUCAUUCAACAGAAAUUACCUGAUGCCAGUGAUGAAGAGAAGGAAGUUAUCUUUAAUGAGAUUCGUGAUAUUUCUUAUGAUUUAAUGACGGAUGUAUUUGGGAAUUAUGUGAUUCAAAAAUAUUUUGAAUUUGGUAGUAUGACUCAAAAGAAAGUAUUAUUAGAAUACAUGUUGGGCCAUAUUUAUGAAUUAUCCUUACAAAUGUAUGGAUGUCGUGUGGUUCAAAGAGCAUUAGAAGCCAUUGAUUUAGAUGGACAAAUUAAAAUCAUUGAAGAAUUAAAAGAUUAUAUUUUAAUUUGUGCUAAGGAUCAAAAUGGGAAUCAUGUCAUUCAAAAAUCAAUUGAAAGAAUUCCAUUUAAUCGAAUUAGAUUCAUAUUGGAAAGCUUAGAAAAUCAAAUUUAUCAUUUAUCAACUCAUCCAUAUGGAUGUCGUGUUAUUCAAAGAUUAUUAGAAUAUAGUGAUAUUAAAGAUCAAGAAGUGAUUUUAGCCGAAUUGAAUCGAUUUAUAUUUUAUUUAAUUCAAGAUCAAUAUGGGAAUUAUGUAAUGCAACAUAUUUUAGAACGAGGAGAAUUAAAAGAUCGGGAAGAAAUUUUAAAAGUUGUCUUGGGAGCUGUGGUUAAUUUUUCCAAACAUAAAUUUGCAUCGAAUGUGAUUGAAAAAUGUAUAAAAUUUGGAACUUUAGAUCAAAGAAGACGUAUUUUACGUGAAGUUAUGCUUCAUAAUGAAGAUUUCACGGUUGAAUUAGUUGAUGAUGAUUCUCCAUUAGCAUUAAUGAUGAAAGAUCAAUAUGCUAAUUAUGUGAUUCAAAAAUUAGUUGAAGGUUUUGAUGCUAGAAGUGAAGAAAAGAAAAUCUUGGUGGUUAAAUUAAGACAAUAUUUAAAACAAAUCAGUUCAAGAAAUAGUUAUGGAAAACAUUUAGCAUCGGUUGAAAAGAUGAUUAUCGUUGCUGAAACUGCUUUAGAUGAAGCUGAUAAUUAUUAA